GCCGGCGGAGCGCGCACUCCGCUAAUGGCGCCGGCCGCUCCGCCGGAAGCGGCGCCAUUUCCGCCGGCGUUGCCGGGGGGACGCGCGGCUGGCGUGAGGGCCGGGCCGGGCGCUGCCGCUCCGCCGGGAUGUUCAUCUACCUGUGCAAGAAGAUUGCAAUUCCCGGUAGUAUUCCAUUAAAAUGUAUUUCCUGGAAUAACCAAGGUUACAUAGCCUGUGGUGGAGAGUCUGGAUUACUGAAAGUUAUAAAAUUAGAAACACAAACAGAUGAGGCAAAGAUAAAGGGACUAGCAACUCCUAACAACAUUUCUGUGACUCAGACUCUUGAAGGUCAUAGUGGUUUUGUUCAGGUUGUGACAUGGAACGAACAGUAUCAAAAAUUGACUACCAGUGAUCAAAACGGCCUCAUCAUUGUGUGGAUGAUGUACAGAGGCUCUUGGUAUGAAGAGAUGAUUAACAACAGAAAUAAGUCUGUGGUUCGAAGUAUGAGCUGGAAUGCUGAUGGACAGAAGAUUUGUAUUGUAUAUGAAGAUGGAGCUGUGAUUGUUGGCUCAGUGGAUGGCAAUCGCAUCUGGGGAAAAGACUUGAAAGGCACCCACCUGUGCCACGUGGCCUGGUCUGCCAACAGCAAAAUUUUACUCUUUGGAAUGUCAAAUGGAGAGAUUCACAUUUAUGACAAUCAGGGAAAUUUUAUUGUGAAAAUGAAGCUGAGUUGUUUGGUGAACUUAACUGGAGCCUUCAGCCUUGCUGGGAUACACUGGUACCACGGUACCCAAGGCUACAUUGAGCCCAACUGCCCUUGCCUUGCUGUCUGUUAUGAUAAUGGGAGAUGCCAGAUAAUGAGAGAUGAGAAUGACUACAAUCCUGUUUUGAUUGAUGCUGGUAUCAAUGUAGUGUGUAUUCAGUGGAACUCCAAUGGAAGCAUUCUGGCACUGGCAGGCUCCCUCAAAGCAGCUUCUCAAGAUAAAGAUAUCAAUGUUGUGCAGUUCUACACUCCCUUUGGCGAGCACUUACGUACGCUGAAAGUUCCUGGCAAACAGAUCUCUUCCUUAUCCUGGGAGGGAGGUGGACUGAAAAUUGCACUGGCUGUUGAUCAUUACAUAUAUUUUGCAAACAUUCGUCCACAUUACAAGUGGGGUUACUGUUCCAAUACCGUUGUUUACGCCUAUACCCGAGCGGACCGCCCAGAGUGCUGUGUAGUCUUUUGGGACACAAAAAACAAUGAGAAAUAUGUGAAAUAUGUCAAGAGCCUCAUUUCCAUAACAACUUAUGGGGACUUCUGUGUUUUAGCAACUAAAGCAGAUGAAAAUCUGCCUCAGGAGGAGCAGGAGACAGAGUCAUUUGGUGCCAUGUAUGUGCUGGUUCUCUGCAAUUCUAUUGGCACACCCUUGGACCCAAAAUAUAUUGAUAUUGAGCCAUUGUUUGUCACAAUGACCAGAACUCAUGUGAUCGCGGCUUCCAAAGUAGCGUUUUACGUCUGGCAGUACCGGGUGGCCAAGAAGCUCACAGCCAUGGAAAUCAAUCAGCUGUCACGGACCAGGAAAGAAGGCAGGGAAAGGAUCUAUCAUGUUGAUGACCCCUUAUCAGGGUCUGGAGAUGGUCAGCUUGAUUACAGCAGAGCUUUUGAAGGAACAAGAGAUCCAAUUUGUGCAAUAACAGCAUCUGAUAAGAUACUGCUUGUGGGAAGAGAAUCUGGCAUUAUUCAGAGGUACAGCCUCCCCAGUGUGGCUGUGGUGCAGAGCUAUACCCUGGAGCAUCGUGCCUAUCAGCUGUCUUUGAACUGCAACUCCACUCGCCUUGCUAUCAUUGACGUCUCCGGGGUUCUGACCUUCCUGGAGCUGGAGGCGCGGGCCGCGGACAGCGCGGGGCAGCCCGAGGCGGGCGGGCAGCUGAGGCUGGAGCGCAAGGACGUGUGGGACAUGAAGUGGGCCAAGGACAACCCCGACCUGUUUGCCAUGAUGGAGAAAACAAGAAUGUAUGUCUUCAGAAACUUGGAUCCAGAGGAACCUAUACAAACAUCUGGAUAUAUUUGCAACUUUGAAGAUUUAGAAAUCAAAUCUGUUCUUCUGGAUGAAAUACUAAAGAAUCCCGAACAUCCUAACAAAGAUUACAUCAUCAAUUUCGAGAUUCGGUCAUUACGAGACAGUCGAGCAUUGAUUGAAAAAGUUGGCAUUGAGGAAUCUUCCCAAUUCAUAGAAGACAAUCCACAUCCCAGACUUUGGCGACUCCUGGCUGAAGCUGCUCUUCAGAAGCUGGAUCUGCAGAUGGCUGAACAAGCUUUUGUGCGUUGCAAAGAUUAUCAAGGCAUUAAGUUUGUGAAGCGCCUGGGCAAUCUGCAGAGCGAGUCCAUGAAGCAAGCAGAAGUGGCAGCCUAUUUUAGCAGAUUUGAAGAAGCUGAAAGAAUGUAUCUGGAUAUGGACAGAAGAGAUCUUGCCAUUGGGCUGCGGAUCAAACUGGGCGAUUGGUUCCGCGUGCUGCAGCUGCUGAAAACGGGCUCGGGGGGCGCGGACGACGCCCUCCUGGAGCAGGCACACAACGCCAUUGGAGACUACUUUGCAGACAGGCAGAAAUGGUUAAAUGCUGUACAGUACUAUGUCCAAGGACGAAACCAGGAACGUUUAGCUGAAUGUUACUACAUGCUAGAAGACUACCAAGGACUGGAGAAUUUGGCCAACUCACUUCCAGAGAAUCAUAAAUUGCUUCCUUGGAAUAAAGCUGUGGAGCUGGCCAAAAAUCACAACAUGAAAGAGAUCGGAUCCUUGUUAGCCAGAUAUGCAAGUCAUUUAUUGGAAAAGAACAAAAUCCUUGAUGCUAUAGAACUCUAUCGUAAAGCCAAUUAUUUCUUUGAAGCUGCUAAACUCAUGUUCAAGAUUGCAGAUGAAGAGUCAAAGAAAAGGACAAAGCCUUUGCGAGUAAAAAAGCUUUAUGUGCUAUCAGCUUUACUUAUGGAACAGUGUCAUGAACAAAUGCAAAAUGCACAAAAGGGAAAAGUUAAAGAGAAAAGUUCAGAGAGUGCUUCAGCUUUGGCUGGUUUGCUGGAAGAAGAUGUUCUUUCUUCAACGAAUCGCUUUGCAGACAAUGCUUGGCGAGGAGCUGAGGCUUACCACUUCUUCAUACUUGCACAAAAACAGCUCUAUAAAGGUUCUGUAGAUGCAGCACUUAAAACAGCUCUUCAUUUGCGAGAUUAUGAAGACAUUAUCCCUGCAGUUGAAAUCUAUUCCCUUUUGGCACUCUGUGCAUGUGCAAACAGAGCAUUUGAUACUUGUUCAAAAGCCUUUGUUAAAUUAGAAUCCUUGGAAACUCUUGAACCAGAGCAGAGGCAACAGUAUGAAGAGCUUGCUCUAGAGAUAUUCACAAGAUACAGACCAAAGUAUAACAAAACACCUGAUCUGGAUGAUGUUCUUGAGAGUGGAGAUGGUAAACUUCCUGUAUGUGUUGCAACAGGAGCCCCUAUCCUGGAGUAUCAGUUCUGGAUGUGCAGUGUGUGUAAGCACUGCAUGAAAGCCACAGAAGCAGGCCAUUAUAAUGCCUGUCCUCUGUGCCACAGCACAAUAAGCUGAGGAUAAAGACUGUAUCUGCAUUUAUGACUGCUAAGAACAGCCUCUAAAAUGGUACUAUCUUGAAAUACAACUCAGGUACUGUAUUGUAGCAGUUAGUGCUGCUAUUAGAGAAACAUUAAAAAAAAAAACAAACCCAAAACCAAAACAGAAAACCCACAAGAGAAACCUUUACUGCUUCCAUUUAGCUGAAAUAAUUACCAUGUAAAUACAUUCUGGUUUUGCUAUACUUAAAAAAAAAAUAUUUAAGGUAAAAGCAUUAUUUUUGAAUUGUAGAUUGAGCCUAGUUGCAAAACUGUAUGAGUGGAAUGUAGGCUCAUAUCAAUAUAUUCCACUCUGAGCAGGCUCCAUUUUUUGGUCUAAUUCCAUAGGAAAUUACUGGGUUUUCUCAGAAUUCAGUUUUUUGAAGGAAGUGAUUCCUGAGUUUAAAUAACAUCACAAUAAUUUUGAUAAUAUUACCACGUAAGUUUUUGUACUACUGUUUAGUUACCAGAGUAAUGACACCAGUAUAAGCAUACAUUAGUGCUGGUUUCUUUUGCCAAGUGUAUUUAAACCCACCAUAAAAUAAAGGGCUUGAAAA